CAUCCCCAUGUCCUUCCAGCUCCUCCUCCCGGCCCGGCCGCGCUGCCCCCGCCCAUGAGGGCCCGGGCCGCCUUCCCGACAGCGGCAGAAGAUGGCGGCGGCCGCGGGCUGGGCGCUGCUGGCCCUGGCGCUGUGUGUGAGCGCGGCGGCCGCGACCGGCGGCUCCGAGGGGAAGCGGCGGGACGGGCCGCCCAAGAAGAAGGACAUUCGGGACUACAACGACGCGGACAUGGCGCGGCUGCUGGAGCAGUGGGAGAAAGAUGAUGACAUUGAAGAGGGAGAUCUCCCUGAGCACAAGAGGCCUCCAGCACCAAUAGAUUUCUCCAAAAUAGAUCCAGGCAAGCCUGAAAGCAUCCUGAAGCUGACAAAGAAGGGGAAGACUUUGAUGAUGUUUGUCACAGUGUCGGGAGAUCCCACAGAAAAGGAGACAGAAGAAAUCACCAGCUUGUGGCAGGGCAGCCUCUUCAACGCAAACUACGACGUGCAAAGGUUUAUUGUUGGCUCCAAUCGGGCCAUCUUCAUGCUGCGGGAUGGUGGCUACGCCUGGGAGAUCAAAGACUUCCUGAUAAAUCAGGAAAGGUGUGCAGAUGUUACUCUGGAAGGUCAGGUUUAUCCUGGCAAAGGAGCAGAUGGAAAUGACAAAGUGAAAAACAAAACAAAACCUGAGAAAGCAAAGAAGAAAAAAGACACAGAGAAGAAAUCUAACGGCAUCAAAGAGGACAACCGAGCAACCAACCAGAGAGAGGAGCUAUGACAGCCACGGUACCAGACUGAGUCCUGCUCUGCUGCUCCUUGAAGGGAAUCUGCUGAGGAGUCCUGGGCUUUGGGGAGGAAGGAAGCAGAGACUAAUGAAGCUUAAAUUUGUGUCAAAAUUCACCAGUUUACUCAUUGCUGUUGGCCAUUUGUUUAGUUACAGGAAAUGCUUCAUGUCCACAAUUGACUGCUUUGGUUUGUAAUUUUUUUAUGCUUUUGUUGUUUAAAACUAGCAUACAAAUCUGUGUGUCUAACAUUGCAAAUUUAAUUUAAGUGGAAAAGAAGAAUUAUGGUUUCAGAAUACAAUGAUGUUCAUCUGUAGUAGCUGUGUCCAUCUUGGGUGUAUAAAUCACGGAUUCACAGCUGCUGCCAGAGAGCCAGGUGCAGUGUGAAAAGAUUCUCUUGGAAGAUGGUUUGAUAGACACAGUUGGCACAAAACUGCCCAAAGUUGCAAAGAAUAGUGGCCAGAGAUGCCUGAAAUUACAGGCCUAUUUCUUUAAAUUAAAUUCAACCCAUUGUGUCCCAGUAAAUCUGUGGCAGUGCUUAGGAGUGUGAUGGACUCCCGGUAGGAACUCUGCUAAUGCACUCCAGAUCUGUACAGGAGGGACACUGUGCCCUUCAGAAGUGAAGGGAAUUGCAGCGCCUGCCUGAGCAGUGUCAGGGUGAAAACUGAGGAUGAAUCCAGGGCAUUCAGGUUGUUCCUGCUGCUAAAGGACUGUGCCUGUGGAAGCAGCUGUUCUGUGUGCCCUGUUACUCAUGCAGUGAGCUGGAAGAAAAAGCUUUAACUCUGAAGUUAAUUUGGUUUACUGAUUGAACGGUUUGUUUAAAUAUUUGAAAAAGCGCUAGUUACAACACAGA